UUCUGGCAACAGCGACACGCUCUUAACUGCAAACUAUCACCAAAAUAAUAAUGAAUUUCCUUCGUAUCACUGCAACAGUUUUGUGCUGUGUUGUGGUUGUGCUUGGAGCACUACCCUCCUCAAAUUCACAGCUAGAUCCUUCAUUUUACAAUGAUACAUGUUCAGAUGUUCAUUCAAUCAUAAGUGGCGUCCUCGCAAACGUUUCACAAUCUGAUCCUCGUAUUCUUGCCAGUCUCAUCAGACUUCACUUUCAUGACUGUUUUGUUCAAGGGUGUGACGCAUCAGUUUUGUUGAAUGACACCGAUACGAUCGUGAGCGAGCAAGGGGCAUUGCCAAACAACAACUCCAUACGAGGUUUGGAUGUUGUGAAUCAGAUAAAGACUGCUGUGGAAAAUGCUUGUCCCGGCAUAGUUUCUUGUGCUGAUAUUCUUGCUCUAGCAGCUGAAAUAUCUUCUGAACUGGCUAGUGGUCCUUCUUGGGAAGUUCCAUUGGGAAGAAGGGAUAGUUUAAAUGCAAGCAUAACCCUUGCUAAUACAAGUCUUCCACCUCCCAUCUUCACUCUAGAUCAACUUAAAGCUUCAUUUGCUAAUCAAAGUCUUAACACUACUGAUUUAGUUGCACUCUCAGGUGCUCAUACCAUUGGCAGAGCCAAGUGCGGUUUAUUUAUUGGGCGAUUAUACAAUUUCAACAACACUGGCAAUCCUGAUCCUACUCUCAACACAACCCUUUUGCAAUCAUUACAAGCAAUAUGCCCCAAUGGGGGACCAGGGACUAAUCUCACCAAUUUGGACCUAACAACUCCUGAUACAUUUGACUCUAACUACUACUCCAAUCUUUUGCUUCAAAACGGCUUGCUCCAAAGCGAUCAAGAGCUAUUUAGCACGACUGAUGCAGAUACUAUUGCCAUUGUCAAUAGUUUCAGCAGUAACCAAACUCUUUUCUUUGAAAACUUUAAGGCAUCAAUGAUAAAAAUGGGCAACAUUGGAGUUCUGACAGGAUCUCAAGGAGAAAUUCGAACACAGUGUAAUUUUGUGAAUGGAAAUUCUUCUAAUCUGACUACCCCAAUCACCAAUAUUAAAUCACCAGAAGAUGGCAUGGUCAGCUCAAUCUAAUUAAAUAAGUCAUAUGCUGAAAAAUGCAAAGAUUAAAGGUGAUUAAUAAAAGAGUUCUAAAUGCACAUGCAUGCCAUGUGGAUGU